AUGGCGCCGAAGCGCAAACUUUACGACGCAGCAGAUGUUAAGGUCUUUAUUGAUAUUCUGAUAUAUGUGGGUGUCCACACUUCGCCACGUAUAGACCUCUAUUGGCUCCAGGAUCCCUAUCAAGGGCCAAUUCAUACACCUCGCCUCUAUAUGUCACAGAAGUGCUUUGAGCAAAUUAAGCGCUUUCUGCAUAUCUCUAGGCCAACUAGCGCAGGUAACCACCAGCCAGGAGAUAAGCGCUGGUGGUAUAAGCUAGAAUCUCCAGCUUCCACAUUGGAGAGAGCAGCUGGGCAGUACUACCAGCCAGGGUCUAAUAUAUCUAUUGAUGCGACGAUGAUUCACUGUACGAAGCAUACAGUCAAAAUGCCUAAUAAGCCAAUUAAGCAGGGCUCUAAGAUAAUUGCCCUAGCUGACCGUGGCUCCAUUUGGACGUUUACAUGGAGUAGCCGUCUCUGGGGUAUUGUGGACCUUUUUCGCUGGCCUAAUAUGAGCCCUACUGGCUCAAUGGUGCUUGAGUCGAUCCAUCUACGUGGCAAAAAUUUACCCUUAUGCAUUCUCCUCUCCCUUCAAUAA